UGGCCUUGGCGGCAAAGCCUUGGAAUUUUGCAAAGAAUUCACGAGCCAUAUUUCGGUCUGACUAUCUAUUGCGGAACAUUUGAUGAAAAUGGCUUAGAGGACGAAGGUUACCCGCCAACUGUGGAAGGCUUUAGCUUCGUAAACGUGCAUCCAAAGGAGUUGUUUUUACAUUCCAACUGCGAAAAUUGACUUCUUUGUCGAUCUCAUGCGAAUCUUCUUUGAAGCUGGAGUGUUUGUAGAAAUCGCCGUGCUCAAAUAUCUUGCUGCCAUCGAGCAUGUCGUGGCACCACAAGAGAAAGUGAUUGCUCGUCACGAGUUGGGUGGCGAUCCCUCAGCAAUCUACCACAGUGAUCUCAUCAUGUUGCAUCCAUUCAAACAGAGCUAUUUGAGAAAUCAAACCAUCAAGCAAGGGUACUGCACCACGGUAGUGCGAACAUUCAGAGAAAUGCUUUUGAAAGUAUGA